GGUGAUGGAUCCACGCCCUGGCUUGCUUUCUCCUCAGUCCCAGACCUGCUCCCACCUGGCAGAAACCUGCCUGGAACAGGAGAGAAGCCCACCCACAGCAGAGCUGAGCAGAGACGCCUCCUUUCCCCGUAGUCCGCGGCCGAGCUCCAGCCUCACUGAGGUCGACUGGUUUGGGGAUGAGCACAUCCAGGCAAAGAGGGCCAGAGUAGAGACCAUUGUCCGAGGCAUGUGUCUCUCUCCUGGUUCCCUGGUGUUAGGCAGAGCCAGGGAGAGCUCAGGCUGUCCAGAAAAGGCCCGGGAGCGGAAGAGAAAGCAGAGCCUUCCCAUGCACCAAGGUCCCCUGAAAUCUAGUCCUGCCUGGGAUCGAGGGCCCAAAAAGGGGGGUGCCCGGGUGAAAGAACAGCUUCAUCUACUGAAGCAACAGCUAAGACAUCUUCAGGAGCAUGUCCUACAGGCCACUGAGGCCCGAGCACCAGCGCAGGGCCCAGGAGGUGAACAAAGAAAUCUCCUGGGAGCAAAGGCAAGGAACAGCUGCCCGUCUAGCCCCAGGACCAUGGAGAACAAACCCCACUGGAGUUCUAGCAAGGACCUCUGUGGAGCAGCAGUAAAGACCAGAACCACUGAGGUUCAACAGCAGUCAGAGGAGCCCACGCUCGGUCCUUCGGGACCACGGGUUUUGAUGGAGACUCUGAGGAAAGAACUGAACAGGGCCGUGUCCCAGGCUGUGGACUCAGUAUUACAACAGGUGCUACUGGAUCCACCAGACCACCUCACACAGCAGGGCCAAAGCUGUCAAGGGCUAGCAUCAGAGGGCAGAAACCAGGCUUCGCUAACAGGGAGAAGUGCCUAUAAGGAUCCACUUGCUCUUGCCACCCUUCCCAGAAGGGUCCCGCCACAAGCUGGGGUUCCCUUGGGCAAUUCAACACUGGUGAGGCCUCGAGAUUCUCCUAUGUGUCCUGCCUCUCCUGUCCCUAAACCUUAUCACAGUUCCCUAUCAAAUUGUCCCGUAACAGCUGUGCCUUCCCACAUCUGGGAAAAUCAGAUUCUUAGCCAGCUUCUGGGUCGUGGGCCCAAUCACCAUUGGGAUGGCAGCCCUCUACGGGACUCAUCUUCCCAAAGUCAUACCUCCCCAGAGUCUGUCCAGCAACCUUGGGGGCUGAGCCAGCAGCAGCUCCCCAUACCACUCACCCCAGUCCACCUGGAAAGCCGGCCUCUCCUGCCCUCUGUGAAGAUGGAGCACAGCAUGCUGCAGGGCAUGGCUGACACACUUACUUUCUCUUCCAUUCACAUCCAGGAAGGCCUGAGCCCCGGCCACUUGAAGAAGGCCAAACUAAUGUUUUUCUUCACGAGGUACCCCAGCUCUAGCCUCCUGAAAGCUUAUUUCUCAGAUGUUCAGUUCAACCGCUGCGUCACCUCCCAGAUGAUCAAGUGGUUCAGCAACUUCCGUGAAUUUUACUACAUCCAAAUUGAAAAGUAUGCCCGGCAAGCACUUUCAGACGGUGUCACAAACCCCCAAAUGCUGGUGGUUCUCCGCGACUCAGAGCUUUUUAGAGUUCUCAACACACACUAUAACAAAGGAAAUGACUUUGAGGUCCCUGACUGCUUCUUGGAAAUUGCCACCUUGACGUUACAGGAGUUCUUCAGGGCUGUCUCCACAGGGAAAGACUCGGAUCCCUCCUGGAAGAAACCCAUUUACAAAAUUAUUUCAAAACUGGACAGUGACAUCCCAGAAAUACUCAAAUCCUCCAACUAUCCCCAGGGACCGUUUCCAAGUUAA